UCAGCCUAACCCUCCACUUUGCCAUUUCCCCUACGCCAAGCCACCUCUCAUCUCCGCUGCCUGCCAACAAUUGCCAGUUUAUCACGCAGAGAGACAGAGGGAGGCAGCAGCCAGAGAGCACUAGCUUCAAGCCAUGAGGCCACCGCCAACAAGCGCGUCCAGGCCCGCGUCGACGCCGACACCGCCGGCGGCGACACCACCGGCGGCCGCGGCGCUGCCGGCCUCGCCGUGGCACUCGCCGGUGCCGUACCUCUUCGGCGGGCUGGCCGCCAUGCUGGCCCUCAUCACGCUGGCGCUCCUCAUCCUCGCCUGCUCCUACUGGAAGCUCAACAACCACCUCGGCACCGGCGACGCCUCCUCCUCCUCCUCCUCCGCUCUCGGUGCCACGGACGGCGACGGCUCCAAGUCGCCCGCGGCCACCGCCGCGGCGUCUCCGGCGACCGUCGCCGACCUCGUCGCCGUCGUCAUGGCCGGGGAGAAGACGCCCACGUUCUUGGCCGCGCCCAUCGUCCGCCGGGCGCGCGGUAGUAACAGCGACGAGCACGCAGCCGCUGGGGAAGGGUCGCCAGAGACGGAGCAUCAGGAGAAGAACCGCGGCGUGGCGGGGGAUGGGGAAAGCGGCCUGGUCGCCGGUGACGAGCGAGACCGGCAGCUAGAUCACGUGUGAAGUGUGAACAGAGAAGAGAGAGAGUUUUGAGGGCAGCCUGCGAUAAAUUUUCUGCUCGAUCUCUUUCUCUAAAUUUUGUUCGCUUAUCAUUCUCGGCUGGAAUGUGUAAAUAAUUUGGUAAUGAUUCAGGUGAAGAAAAAUUGCAUUA